GAAGGGCGAGUUCCGACGUAAAGCUUUAAAUGCGGUGCAAGAAAGGAUGUGGAGGAGGAAGCCUUGUGAGCAAAGAGGGUAGCUGCCUGCAGCAGAGUGACGAGAUCUUAUCUCAACUGUCAAAAUGGAGCUUGACAUCCAGUGUGAGGAGAUGAGCCCAUCUAGAUGGGCUGAACUUCUGUCCACAAUGAAAUCAUGCAAAACCAUCAGGCUGGAUGACUGCAAUCUCUCCAGCAGUAACUGCAAGGAUCUCUCCUCUAUCAUCAAUACAAAUCCAUUCCUCACAGGCCUGAAGCUGAACAACAAUGAGCUGGGAGAUGCAGGCAUUGAAUACCUGUGUAAAGGAUUGCUGAUGCCAACCUGUAGCCUACAGAAGUUAUGGCUGCAAAACUGCAACCUGACAAGUGCCAGCUGUGAGACACUCUGCUCUGUCCUCAGUGUACAGCCGUCCUUGACAGAGCUGCAUGUAGGUGAUAACAAACUUGGAACUGCUGGAGUGAAGAUGCUGUGUCAAGGGAUGAUGAACCCCAACUGUAAGCUGCAGAAGCUGCAGCUGGAGUAUUGUGAACUCACAGCUGAUGUUGUGGAAGCUCUCAAUGCUGCUCUGCAAAGCAAGCCCACCAUGAAGGAGCUGAGUCUGAGUAACAACACGCUGGGAGAUACAGCUGUAAAGCAGCUGUGCCGGGCACUGGUGGAGGCAAGCUGCAACCUAGAGUUACUACACCUGGAGAACUGUGGCAUAACCAGCGAUAGCUGCUGGGAGAUCAGCACUCUUCUCAGUAACAAGUCAUCACUGAUAGAUCUCUCUGUGGGGGAUAACAAGAUCGGAGAUUCUGGUCUGGCUCUGCUGUGCCAAGGACUGAUGCAUACUAACUGCAGAAUCCAGAAGCUCUGGUUAUGGGACUGUGAUCUCACAAGUGCUAGCUGUAAGAAUCUCUCCAGACUCAUCAGUACAAAAGAGAGCCUCACAGAGAUAAGUCUGAUAGACAACAGCCUGAAAGACUCAGGGAUGGAAAUGCUGUGUCAGGCACUCAAGGAUCCCAAAUCUAAACUCCAGGAGCUAUGGAUUAGGGAGUGUGGACUCACAACUGCUUGCUGCAAGGCUGUCAGUUCUGCUCUCAGUGUGAACAAGCACUUGAAAAUACUGCAUAUGGGUGAGAACAAGUUGGGAGAUGAAGGCGUUGAACUCAUGUGUGAAGGGCUACUGCAUCCCAACUGCAACAUCCAGUCCCUAUGGCUGGGUAACUGCGAUCUCACAGCAGCCUGCUGUGCAACCAUUGCCACCGUCAUGGCUACCAAGCAGUGCCUUACUGAACUGGACCUGAGCUACAACUCUCUGGAAGAUGAAGGCAUCAGGAAGAUCUGCGAAGCCUUGAGGAGUCCCAGCUGCAAUGUGCAGCAGUUAAUUUUAUAUGACAUUUUCUGGAGUUCUGAAGUGGAUGAUGAACUGAGAGCCCUGGAAGAGUCCAAGCCUGAAGUGAAGAUCAUUUCAUGAGCAUGAUCAUACCUGCAGAGCAAUGUCAAAGCAACAUCCUCUUCUUAAUCUGGACUUUUUCAUACAUAAAGCUAAUUAACUUAACGGAGAAUUCACUUGUACAAAAAAUAUAUGUGGCUUCUCUGAGUCAGUGUUCAGGGAUCAAUUUUCUGUACAUCUCUGGAUGUACUAACUCUGAGACUCAUGAAAGCAUUGUAUAUUUUCACUGCAACAUUUACAGUCCUAGAAAUAAACAAUUACUGGGCAUCUCCUAGAA